AUGGCCGAAGAACUACCACGAGGCCUUGAAUCUGUUAAAGUUGAGGAAGACAAUAUCGAAAACGAGAAUUUCAAAUUUGAAGGAAACGGGAAUCAUGAAACAGAUACUGCUGUAAAACAAGAAGACUUGGAGAUUGAUGCUUUUGACGAUCGACAUAAGGAUUUGGAUAACGACUUGGCACUAAUUAUGUGUGGUUCAAAGAGUAUAACAGAUGACUUUGACAUAGAACGGCCCCGCAUACAAACAAAUAAUUUUUCAAAACCGUUCUUGAUGCCAGUUGAGGCACGGAGCCCCAAAAAUGCUAGGCAGUUCAAAGGCUACUUUAAAAUUAGCCAUGGUGAUCUUUCAAGGCCACAAGUUGGACUUCAAGGAAGGGUAAGGAGUGAACGCCUGUGGCAAGAGUUAGGUGACAUUUUAAACUCAGUGGGUGGAUGUGGUGUUAACAAAACUUCCGACAAAUGGAAAAGGGUAUGGUCUGACUGGAAAACCAAAACAAAAAAGAAAGCCUCCCUUAUAAAUCGGGACAUUCAUGGCACUGGUGGUGGGUCUGGUAGGGGAAAACCAUUAAGUCGACUUGAGGAAAGGGUGUUACGUGUAAUUGGGGUCACCGCAAUUACUGGAAGUCAAGCCAUACAAGAAGCAGGCUUUCAAGAACCAUCUCAACCCCAAGUGAGCAAUACAGCUGAUACAGCAGGGAGGAUGUCAUCACCAGCAGAAAUUGAGCUCUUGGCAUUACCAUCAGCUGCAGAAGAUACACCCAUAGCAGUGCCAGCAAAUGUAACAUCUCCACCAGCACAUCCUGUCAGUCCUGUGCCAGGACCUUCAAAUAGUAGAACUAUACAAGGAGAAAGGUCGCCGGUAUCUGCCGGCCCUUCUACACCUCGUCAUCGCCAUCUCAGACAGCGAAGACUGCGACAAACACCAUUUGACCGAGCCACCAGCGAGUUUGUAGCAAUAGAGGAGAAUCGGUUGCGUUUUGAAAGGAAGAGGGAUGUGCGUCAACACGAGCUUGAAACUGAACGACUCAAAAUAGAAGCACAACGUCUGCAACUUGAUAGAGAGCGCGUUCGGGUUGAAGAAGUCCGCACCCGUGUAGAGGCAGACCUACGUGACUACAUCCAAGAAUUAAAUUUAAAAAUAACACUCUUAUGUCACUAUUGGAGACUCGUGAUUUGA